GCCGGCACGUGACGCAGGAGAAGGUUUUGAAGCCCAUGUCCUCGCCCAGUCAGCACUACCUGUACAUCAGCGUUCCCACCGGGAACUUCAAAGUCAACCAACAGCUCGACAUCACGUUCAACACCAUCAACGGUCUUCCCAAAGAUGGUUUGGUGUACUACCUGGUCUUGAGUCACGGGGCUCUGGUGCAUCAGGGCUCUGUGGUUGCGAUGUCCCGAUUGGGCGGCGCCGGGAUCAGGAUCACCGCCCAGAUGGUGCCCUCCUUGCGUCUGAUUGGCUACUACUACGACCAGCAGGACGUCCUGGUGUCUGACUCCGUGUGGGUGGACGUGGUCGAUGAGUGUGAGAUGGCGGUCAAAGUCAGUCCCUCCACGAACCCCUCCCCGCCCGGGGGGACCAUCGGGCUGGAGGUGGAGGUGAAGGGGAGGGCCAGGGUGGCUCUGCUGGUGGUGGACAAGGCCAUGUACGCUCUGGACCGACGGAACAGACUGACAGCCAAGCAGGUGUUCUCUGCCAUGGAGUCCUACGACCUGGGCUGCUCAUACCGAGGGGGGCCCGACCAGGACUCCAUCUUCACCGAGGCCGGCUUGUCUUUUGUGUCUUCAGGUUCAACACCCAAAGCAAAUGCACUUCCUCUAGGGUCCAGGUGUAAACCCCAUGCUGCACGGCGCUCCAGACGGGCCUUGGACCUCCGACAUGAGCUCCAGGAGAUGAGUAAGGCAACAACUACAUUCACAAGGAAACUGCCCCAUGGUGUGAGUGGACCUCCUCUGUCCUUAGAGGGGAACCUGAGCUCAGAGCUCCAGCAGUGCUGUGACCAGGGCUUCUCCUCCAUCCCCAUGAGACGCUCCUGUGAGGAGAGGAGGAGGAGGGUGACCGAGAUGAACGCAGAGCCUCAGUGUGCCGACAUCUUCUUUAAGUGUUGUAUUCGGGGGGAGGCUCUGAGGAAGAGCGCCGCGGAAGACAACGGAUUUGGCAGAACUGUCAGUCUACUAGAUAUUGAGGAAUAUUUCAUUGGCAGGAUGUCAAAUAGGAUCCGUCGAAAUUUUGCUCCAAGUUUUGCAUUUACAUAUUUCGAUGCCACUGACCAACACAAACACACUUUAUCUCUAGGGGAUUCUAUUACCACUUGGGAAAUUCAGGCAGUCAUUCUAUCUCCAACUCACGGAUUCUGCGUGGUUGAGCCAAUCGAGCUGAAAACCUUUAAGAACAUCUUUGUGUCUCUGAGACUGCCCUAUUCGGUCAGGAGAUAUGAACAAUUGAGCAUUGUGGCAGUCAUCUACAACUAUGGGCCUGAUGCUGUACAGCUAGCCGUUCACAUGGAGCAGACACCCGGGCUUUGCUCCCCGGGCUCCUCCACGUUCACAGCCUUCAUGAACGUCAGCGUGGAGAGCGGGUCCUCUACGCUGGUGACCUUCGCUGCCAUCCCCAUGAUAAGCGGCGCUAUACCCAUCAAAAUACGCCUUUAUGAUUUCAACAACAAUAGGGAACCCGACGCCAUUGAAAAGAGCCUGAAUGUUUGGACAGAAGGAGAAGAAAAGACGAAGGAGAUUACUUAUAAUUAUGAUUUGAAAGGGGGGGCUUCUUUCAGCAUCGAUGGAAACCUACCCAAUGAGACGGUCCCCGGAUCCUCCUCCAAUCUAUUCAUUAAGAUGGAAGCUGAGUCCUAUUCCCAGGGGUUCGGCGAGUCCAGUGCCAGGGUCCUCCUGUCGGCCGAAGGGGUCAACGGUCUUCUGAGGCUGCCUGGCGGCUGUGCAGAGCAGACCAUGAAGCUGAUGGCCCCGACAGUCCUGGCUCUGCGCUACCUGGACCUCAGCCAGCUGUGGUUCCAGCUGCCGGCCGGCUCCAGGGACCUGGCUCUGCAGAGGACUGACGAGGGUUUGACGAGAAUUCUGACUUUCAAAAAAGCUGAUGGAUCUUAUGGAGCAUGGAUUACGAAUCCAUCAAGUUAUUGGCUCACCGCUCUUGUUGUGAAAGUGCUGUCUCUGUUGGCGGAUCGCCAGAUGGCCGGAAGGGGAGGCGGCCCGCAGGGUCACAUUGGCAGGGACGUGUCCAAUCAGGACAUCAGCACUUCAGUCCGGUUCCUGAUGUCCGUGCAGAAACAGGAUGGGUCCUACUCAGACCCACACCCUGUGUACCACAGGGAGAUGGAUGGGGGGAUCAGAGGCGCUGGGAAGGACAUAUCCAUGACGGCGUUCAUCGCCGUGGCGCUGCAGCACGCCAUCCCAUUCGUCGAACAGAGCAUGAAGAACGAUGUGGUGGCUAGUAUCGCCAGCUCGACGUCGUACCUCCUCUCCCACGUGGGGGAGCUGGAGAGGCCUUAUGCUGUGGCCAUCACAGCCUACUGCCUGGCCGUCUGUCUGCCUGACAUAGACGGAGCCAAACCAGCCUGGAAGCAGCUCCAAGCUCUGGCUGCAGAAGAUGACAACGGCUGCCGGGUGUGGAAAGACGAUCCACAAAGCUCCUCUCAGCAGGAUGCUAUCACCGUGGAAACGACGGCCUACGCCCUGCUGACAGCUGUGGCGCACCAGGACUUCCCGUGGGCCGACAACGCCUCCUGCUGGCUGGUCGCGCAGGAGAACUACGGCGGGGGGUUCAUGUCAACGCAGGAUACCAUCGUGGCUCUGGAGGCUCUGGCAGAGUACGACGUGAAGAAGCCCGCUAAGUCUUUCAGUAUGGUGGAAGCAGAGUUCUUCGUAUCGGGAAGAUCAGACAAGGGGGAGUUGUUGUUGAGAGAGCCGACGGACAAAGUGAUAGUCGAGCUGAAGUCCAUGAUAGGAAACAAGAUCAAGGUGGAACUGAAAGGAACGGGAAAAAUCAAAAUGAAAGUCAUGAAGCACUUCUAUCUGAUGGAGCCCAAGGAAAGCUGUACAUUACUGAACCAAAUCACAGGUGACGCUGGAGGGGAAGGCUCAGUACACCUAAAACUACGAUUACAACGCAGGAAUCGACCAGCACAGAACCCGACGCAGAAGAGAAAUCGAAAAAAAAUCUGCCAAAGAAAACUCUCUCUUUUACAAUGUCUGUGUAAGCUUAAAAGUCCCCCUGAGCUCUACAUCUCAAAUUAUGAGAUCUCCUCUGGAAGAGUCAUACUGUACUUCAACGAGCUCAAGGCUGAGAGCCAGUGCAUAACGUUUGAGGCUAAACAAACCGUCCCCAUCAGCCUCCUGCAGCCCGCUCAAGCCUCCUUCUACGAUUAUUAUGAACCAAUGAAGAAGUGCACUAUAUUCUACUCUGCCCCCAAGAGGAGCACAGAGGUGUCCAAACUGUGCUCUGAUGACGUGUGCCAAUGUGCAGAGAGACCCUGCCAUGAAGUGAAGAACCUCUUGAAGACCAAUAUUAAGAAGGGCUGCCGGAUACAGCACGCCUGCUACCACCCUUUGGUGGAUUACAAGUUCCUGGUGGAGGUUCUCGAUGUCUCCUUCAAGAGCAACUUUCGCCUUUACAACACAAAUGUAGUGAGGCUUCUCAAGUCAAGUAAGGACACCAGGGUAGCCGCCCACAGCAGGAGAGUGUUUGCCAACAGGCUUCAGUGCAGAGAGCAGCUUGAGGUGGGCCAGCAGUACCUCAUCAUGGGCAAAGACGGCUCCACCACCGACUCACACGGAGAAAUGCAGUACCUGUUGGACUCCACCACCUGGGUGGAGUUGGUUCCUGAUGCUCAGAAGUGUGCCUCAUCGAGGAGAUACGAGCUUAGUUGUAAAACUUUCACUGACUUUGCUAAUGACCUGAAUGACUGUAGUUUGUAAAGGUCCACUUUGGUUCAGUAUAUUUCACAUCAGAACCAUGAUCUCUGGACCACUCAAAUCUUAACGGAGAUACAUAUAUACCACAAAUAUUAUACUCAUGAAAUAUGUAACUCCUGUGGUUAAUCCAUGCUUUACGUUCCACAUAUCCAAUAAUAUGUAUAAUGUAUUAAUAAAACCAUGCAUGUUCAUAA